AGAAGCCAAUGCACCCAGCACGAGUCACCUUAUGGCGCGGAUUUUGGUCUGGUGGAAUCAUCGGCUAAAAUUUUUCUUUAAAAUUGAAGAUAAAACCGGAGGAGUGACCCUCAAAGGUGUAACGAGCGCCAUUUCCAAACCAGCCAGCCCAGUUUACUUAGGUUUGUGUAUCAAAAUUGAAGAUGGAUCAUUUGAGCCAAUGCUGAUUAUUCCUUAUUCUGUACCUCCUGAAUUUGCUGAUGUCAUGAAAAUGGUGCCACCAGCAACAAACACAGAACCAAUUGAAGCUAAUAAUUUGACUAUACAAAAUGAAGAAAUGCCACCACCAGAUCAGAACUAA